AGUAUAGCUUCUGUACACAUAAUGAAACGACUUAAAAAAAUCUGUUAAACGUGUGCAAUAUUUAAAUAUUAAAAAUAUAUAAAAAAUGGAGUUUGCAAUCGGUGGUAUGGCUGCGGUGGGUGCUGGGUUCUUCACGAACCCAUUGGAUGUGGUAAAAUGCAGGAUGCAGUUGCAAGGAGAGCUCCAAGCCAAAGGACAUCACGCGGUGCACUAUAGAAAUGUUUUCCACGCCACCUACAUGAUUGUUAAACACGAUGGCGUUUUAGCGUUGCAAAAUGGCCUGGCGCCAGCUCUGUUGGUGCAGCUGGUUCUGAAUGGAAUUAGGUUAGGAACCUUUCAAUUCAUCGAAAAUAAAGGUUAUUUGAACGAUGAAAUAGGACAAAGAAGUCACUUUAAAACGAUACUCGGGGGUGGAUUUAGCGCCUUAGUGGGACAACUGGUAUGUACGCCGCUAUUUUUGAUUAAAACGCACCAACAAUCUCAAGCCUCAGCUGUCAUCGCAGUCGGCUAUCAAAAUGAAAAGGCUGGACUGAUUAAAUCGUUUGUUAACAUUUAUGGAAAACAUGGAAUUAAAGGUUUGUACAGAGGUGGAGUUGCAGGUAUACCCAGGGCAUCUGUGGGUUCCGCUGCACAAUUAGGUACCUUUAAUUACGUCAAGGAGUAUAUUCAGCAAUACGAAAAUCUGCGAGGUCAUCCGUAUGUUGUUUCUUUCUUGGGUAGUUUGGUUGGAGGAGUUGCUAUAAGUAUAAUGAUGACACCUUUUGAUUUGAUUUUGACUAGGAUAUGUAAUCAACCAAUUGACAAGAAUGGACGUGGUAUCCUGUACACAAGUUAUUUUGAUUGUGUAAAAAAAGUAUAUAGGGCUGAAGGACCUGCGGCUUUUUACAAAGGCAUAGGACCAAUGUAUCUUCGUCUAGGGCCACAUACUGUUCUAUGUUUAUCAUUUUGGGACGCUCUAAAACGAUUACAUGAUAAAUAUUGGUCUAUUUAAAAAAGUUUAUAAGAUAUCAUUAUUGUUGUUGAUGUAAAUAGCUAGUUGUACGGAAAUUUCAGGAAAUGAAUAUAUUCUUACUUAA